CUUCCCCGCCACUUCAUACAACAUUUACACGUGGCAAAUGAACAAAACCACCAACAAAUCUACAACAUCAUUUCUUCCUUCAACUACCUUUGUUUCUUUCACAUCAUCAUCCUCUUCUUCGUCGCAUGUUUCAGAUCCUCCAUAUCAUCCCACACAGAACACGAGUUGUUGGUACUAUGUGUGGUUGUGGUAGAUAAUACAUAGGAUAUAUUAUAAGAGGAAUAAUGUCGGAUGCGAAAGCGAAAGGGAAAGGGGGCGAAAAAUCAGAUGUUUCGGAUUAUGAUGCCUACUUUGAGUUGGUUCAAAGCAGGAAGAAGCUGUCACCUUCAUUACAGGAGAAAUUAACUGCUGCUUUCUCCAGAAUUCCGGUUUCCUCUUUUCCUCAAGUGCCCAGAGGCAAAGUGAUUGAAAUUCAAGCAGACACCACAAUUUCCGAUGCUGUCAAGAUUCUUUCAGAAUCCAACAUAUUAUCCGCACCAGUAAAACAUCCGGAUGCCGUAGACAGUACAGACUGGAAAGAAAGAUACCUCGGAAUCCUAGAUUACUCCACCAUAGUUUUGUGGGUAUUGGAAACCGCAGAUUUGGCAGCUGCCGCAUUAACUGCCACAUCAGCAACCGCUGCAGGGAUAGGUGCCGGAGCUGCAACCACUCUUGGAGCUGUUGCAUUAGGUGCCACAGGUCCGGUUGCUGCCGCCGGACUAACCGUUGCUGCUGUCGGUGCAGCCGUCGCUGGUGGUGUUGCCGCUGACAAAGGAAUGGGAAAAGACGCGCCUACCGCAGCUGAUGAAUUGGGGGAGGAUUUUUACAAAAUUAUCCUUCACGAAGAGCCAUUCAAGUCUACUCAGGUGAAAUCCAUUGUGAAAAGUUACCGUUGGGCCCCGUAUAUUCCAGUCUCGACCGAUAGUUCUAUGCUGAGUGUUCUCUUGCUGCUUUCAAAAUAUCGGUUGAGGAAUGUGCCCGUUAUAGAACCUGGUAAUCCAAUGAUCAAAAACUUCAUAACGCAGUCUGCCGUUGUUCAGGGUCUUGAACAAUGCAAAGGACGAGACUGGUUUGAUACCAUUUCUGUGCAUCCGAUAACUGAGUUGGGCCUUCCGUUCGUUUCGAAAGAUAAGGUUGUUAGCAGCCAAAGCGAUGAACUAAUUCUUGAAGCUUUCAAGAAAAUGAAAGACAACCAGAUUGGCGGUCUCCCGGUUGUCGAAGGCCCGACAAAGAAAAUUGUCGGUAACCUGAGCAUAAAAGAUAUCAGAUUUUUGUUACUCAAGCAGAAGCUUUUCACCAACUUCAGGAAGCUGACGGUAAAAGAUUUCAUGAACACCAUUGCCGCAACAUCAGAGGAGAACAAGAAAAUUACGUCACCGAUAACAUGCAAGCUCGGGUCAACUCUCGGGGAGGUUAUAAGCACUUUGGCUUCAAAAUGUGUUCAUAGGAUAUAUGUUGUGGGUGACGGUAAUGACGUCAUCGGCAUCAUUACACUGAGAGACGUGAUUUCUUGCUUCAUAACCGAACCUCCAAAUUACAUAAUGGAGGUGCAUGGAACUACAGUCAAAGAACUUCUAAGCAACGAGAAGAGUAGGAACUCAGGUUAAUUAGGUGGGAAUGUAACCAACACUCCCAACGUUGUUCAUCGUGACUCAUUUACUUAAUCAAAACCAGGUUUUUGCCUUCCUUUAAAUCAUAUGUUUCAUAGGACAUGUAUUAGAAAAAAUAUAUAAAUAAUGUAUAAAUGUUUUUAUUAUUUUU